UGCGUUCAAAUGGAGACGGCGGCGCCCGCCCGGGCGAAGGGCGAGACGGUGGCCGACGAGGUCGGGGAUGGAGCACCUGGAGCGCUGCGCGUGGUUCCUCCGGGGGACGCUGGUGCGGGCGGCCGUGCGGCGCUACCUGCCGUGGGCGCUGGUGGCCUCCAUGCUGGGGGGCUCCCUCCUCAAGGAGCUGUCUCCGCUGCCCGAUAGCUACCUGAGCAACAAGCGCAACGUCCUCAACGUGUAUUUUGUCAAACUGGCCUGGGCCUGGACAUUCUGUCUCCUCCUGCCCUUCAUUGCCCUCACCAACUACCACCUGACAGGCAAGGCCGGCCUGGUCCUGCGGCGGCUGAGCACCCUGCUCGUGGGCACGGCCAUCUGGUAUGUCUGCACGUCCCUCUUCACCAACAUCGAGCACUACACGGGCAGCUGCUACCAUUCACCGGCCCUGGAGGGGAUCAGAAAGGAGUACCAGAGCAAGCAGCACUGCCACAGGGAAGGCGGCUUUUGGCACGGCUUUGACAUCUCCGGCCACGCCUUCCUGCUGACCUUCUGUGCCCUCAUGAUCGUGGAGGAGAUGUCUGUGCUGCAUGAGGUAAAGACGGACCGGAGCCACCACCUCCACGCUGCCAUCACCUCCCUGGUGGUCGCCCUGGGCGUCCUGACUUGCAUUUGGGUGUUGAUGUUUCUGUGCACGGCCAUUUAUUUCCACAACUUGUCCCAGAAAGCGUUUGGCACCUUUUUUGGUUUGCUGAGCUGGUAUGGCACGUACGGGUUUUGGUACCUGAAAUCCUUUUCCCCAGGACUUCCUCCCCAGAGCUCCGGUUUGAAUUUGAAGCAAGACAGUUACAAGAAAUAAAAGAGCAACAGAAGGGGGGACAGCAGGACAGUGGCGAUAUA